ACUAUUUAAGAUUCACUUAACUCUAAAAUCGCCACAGUCAAACAUGUCAAAGCAUCAAGUUUUCAUUGGACUUUUAGCCAUUUUGGCUACUGUCGCACAAGUUUACACACAAGGAUAUCCGUUUCUACCAGGAUUUUAUUUUGGAGGAGCGAAUAGUUACGCAUCAGCCGGAAGUAAUGCUGGUGGGUUUGGAGGAGCAAACAGUUACGCAUCAGCCGGAAGUAACGCUGGUGGGUUUGGAGGAGCAAAUAGUUACGCAUCAGCCGGAAGUAACGCUGGUGGGUUUGGAGGGUCAAAUUCUUACGCAUCAGCCGGAAGUAAUGCUGGUGGGUUUGGAGGUGGUUAUUAUGGAGGAUUUGGACCUGUUUUUGCCUAAAGAGGAUAUUGGCCCUGAUAGAAAAGGAACAUACAGUAUCAAAGUCCUGUAAAUAAUAAUAAUAAUUUUCACUUAUGUCAUUGUUGCAAUUCCAUCAUUUGUGGCAAUAACAAAAAUCGCACUGCCGGAAUACUAUUUUUGAGUUCUCCCCAAAAUUUUAAAUCAAUUUAUUUUGCGUGAAAAUUUGCGAAGAAUAUAAACAUAUGUGAUAUCACAUUACCUAAAUUUCUUAAUUUUUUUUGUUGUUCACUAUAAUAUGCUUUUUUCGAAACUAAACAAAUUUACGAAAAUUCAAAAUGUUAAUUUUAAGGGAACAUUGACAUAAUAAAUGAUGUCACACCUAUUACCAUUAGGGAUAAAGACGUGAUUUGUGAACGUUUCCUAAUUUCCAGAUAAAAAAUAAAUAUUUUUCCAUUCCUGCAAGUAAUCUAAAAAACUAUGUACGUUGUUUCAAUAAAAUUUUGAUUUUAUGUCAAAAGAA